AGCUGUUGCGCAGCCAUUGGUACCUGUAUUGGGGAAACAUAGCAUACAAGCAAGAAGCUUACAGCCUCAGUGGCGAAAAUUUUUUCAUGUCAGAGACCGAGAACUCUUGCAGUCGUUUAUGUCAUCCCUUCUUCUCCAGACAGAAGAUACCAAAAAGUUGCAAUCAAAGAUCUCUUCAUCUUAUUGAUAAAGCCACUAAUAAGCCAAAAUGUCUGUCAACGUCAACCGCAGCGUUUCAGACCAGUUCUAUCGCUACAAGAUGCCCCGUCUGAUUGCCAAGGUUGAGGGCAAAGGAAAUGGAAUCAAGACAGUUAUAGUCAACAUGGUUGACGUUGCAAAGGCGCUUAAUCGGCCUCCAACGUAUCCCACCAAAUAUUUUGGUUGCGAGCUGGGAGCACAGACCCAGUUUGAUGUUAAGAAUGACCGUUACAUUGUCAAUGGAUCUCAUGAGGCGAAUAAGCUGCAAGACAUGUUGGAUGGAUUCAUUAAAAAAUUUGUUCUCUGUCCUGAAUGUGAGAAUCCUGAAACUGAACUGCACGUCAAUCCAAAAAAGCAAACAAUAGGUAACUCUUGUAAAGCCUGUGGCUAUCGAGGCAUGCUUGACACACAUCAUAAACUCUGCACAUUCAUUCUCAAAAACCCACCUGAGAAUAGUGACAGUGGUACAGGAAAGAAAGAAAAAGAAAAGAAAAAUAGAAAAGGCAAAGAUAAGGAAAAUGGCUCUGUAUCUAGCAGUGAGACACCACCACCACCACCACCAAAUGAAAUAAGUCCUCCUCCACAUGCUGUGGAAGAAGAGGAAGAUGAUGACUGGGGGGAGGAUACAACUGAGGAAGCCCAAAGGCGUAGAAUGGAUGAAAUUAGUGAUCAUGCAAAAGUCCUGACACUCAGUGAUGAUUUGGAGCGAACUAUUGAAGAGAGAGUCAAUAUCUUGUUUGAUUUUGUUAAGAAGAAGAAAGAAGAGGGUAUUAUUGAUUCAUCUGACAAAGAAAUUGUUGCUGAAGCAGAAAGACUGGAUGUAAAAGCCAUGGGCCCUCUUGUUCUGACUGAAGUUCUUUUUAAUGAGAAGAUUAGAGAACAAAUUAAGAAAUAUAGGCGCCAUUUCCUUCGAUUCUGUCACAACAACAAGAAAGCUCAACGGUACCUUCUUCAUGGUUUGGAGUGUGUGGUAGCAAUGCAUCAAGCUCAGCUCCUCUCCAAGAUUCCACACAUCUUGAAGGAGAUGUAUGAUGCAGAUCUUGUAGAAGAAGAGGUCAUCAUCAGCUGGUCGGAAAAGGCCUCUAAGAAAUAUGUCUCAAAAGAACUUGCCAAAGAGAUUCGUGUCAAAGCAGAACCAUUUAUAAAAUGGUUGAAGGAGGCAGAGGAAGAAUCUUCUGGUGGUGAAGAUGAUGAUGAAGAUGAGAACAUUGAGGUGGUGUACUCGAAGACUGCCAGUGUACCAAAAGUUGAAACUGUGAAGUCUGACAACAAGGAUGAUGACAUUGAUAUUGAUGCAAUUUAAAGGGAUGGAUGCAACCUAGCUUAACAGUGUAAUGCUGCAAAUUUUUCUCCCAUUAUCAGCCAGAAGUGCAACAUGUAUGUGCAAAAGCUAAAAUGGCUUUUUGAAACAUCAUGCUACACUUUAAAAAUCUUAUUACUGUGAGUGGUCUGUAAUUAAGCCCAGUGAGACAUCUAGGGAGUCCAUACACAUGUCAGUGAACAGAUGUAGUUCGCUUAUUUAUAGCAUGAUUUCCUUUUGAAAAACUAGUGAUGGACACAUUUGGAUCACGUUUAUACAGUUACAAAAAUAAAGAUUUGAUUUUGGUCAUUCUUCAGAUUUUUGGCUCUGAAUGACUUAAGCUGAAGUAAUUGGCUCCUUUUUUAAAUGUACUGUCAUUUAACCUGAUAAAUUCAUGGAGCCUGUUAGAUAAUUGUUAGAUGCUGAGACCAUAAAGAAGUCUUCAGCAGAAUGUAAACAUAAACUUAUUUGUAAUUAACCUUAUUCAGCCAUUAAAAACUAUAGUACUUUUAAGUUUUAUCUCAUAGACCCUCAUAUUGGCAUCUGGUAAUGUAUGUUCUUCCCAUGCUGAGGUAGACUGGAAAUCAGAUGGCAGUGUAACAUCUUAACUGAGAAGUAAGAAUGACUUGGGUGUCCUAUAAAUAAUUUUAAGAGCAAGUUUUGAAACUUGAAAUUUUUUUUUUUAAUUUGUGUACACUUGCCCCCAAACUGUUCUCUUUGAAGUCAUGCGCAUUGCACGUCGGAUGAGCCAGGGAAUUGAUUACAGUAACAGUUGAGCAUUUUAUGCGUAUGUAGUGGUUGCUUUGAAUUGAGGGAGAGAACUCAAACUUUUGGGGUAUGAUUAAAUAGCAAACUGAUUUUAUUAGGGGGGAAAAAGGUGCACUUAAAAUCUAGCAAAAAACAAUAGGUUUUCAGCUCUUUACCCUCAUGGCUUAAAUUAUAAUUUCAGAAUGUUUAGACAUAACUGUUUUUUGUUUAGUUUGGUUUUUUUCCUUGAUAAAACUGGUUCUUGAAUGCCUUUUACAUAGAGAUACUUUAGGCUUUUUAGAUUUGGGUUGCUAUCUUGCCAAAAUAAGUGUUACUGUGUUUCUAACUUGUUUUUCUGUUUUGUUUUGUUUUUCCAAUUUGUCUUAUUUAAGAAGAAAGCUAAAAGCAUACUUCUAAGUCAGAGCCUGUAUUUUGGUGUAAGACUUGGAAUUUUUUUUUUUUCCCCACUUCAAAUUGAAUACAGCCAGACAUCCAAGAGGUCUGAUGAUAGCCACAGAGCACAGAUGACUAGGGCCUGACCCAGCCUCUCCAAGGCUUUGGGUUUGGGCAGCUAAGAUUCAAUAACCUAUUGUGAAUUCCUUGCCCAUUUGGCUUGUCUAAACUCAAUAUGGGUUCUGACUAUAUUUAAGUAAUGAUUAAAGUAAAAACUUGUUAAAUUUAGUCCUUCCCUUAGAAGGUAUGCUGUGAGAACAUAGGGAUCACAUGGUUGGUUUUGUUAGGAACACCAGCUUACAUCAUUCACCUCUCAUUACUUUGUGACCUGUCACAGGUUGAGACUUAUAACAGAUAUAUGUAAGAAAACAAUUUUCACAUUGAAAUUAUACAAACAUUUGGUAAGAUGAAACCUUGUUGGCUUGAUAUUUUAAGGAAUUGAAACCUAGCAGUCUUAAUAGAAGGGAACCAGUCUCCAGCUGCCUUUUGAUAGGUUCUGGUGAGAGUGGAGCAGGGGCCACAUACUUGUGGUUUGUCACACCAAAGAGCAGGAGUUUUGCAAAUUCACACACCACCUAGGUUUCAAGUUUUUUGCUCCAAGGCCAAUUUACUGUCAUGAACUGCAGUUCUAGAGAAAAGACUAGUGACCCAAGUUACUUUGCACUCAACAUAGUUUGUCAAGUUAGAGGUUCUGGUACAGAGCUUUUGCUUGUAAUCUAAGGAAAACACAUUCAGGGUUUCUAAACACUAAAAAAAAAAUUUGGGGUUAGACCAGUUUUCAGUCUGGUGCCAAACUUCCAAUGGAAUUCAAAUUCAUGUAAUUGGAAUUUUAAUCAGAGGUUAUCUUAAUAGAAUGAUUCUUCACUUCGUUCUAUUGAACUGUCUUAAAAUUUCCUGUUUCAAACAGCUACAUUACUUGAUUAAAACAUUGUUAAAAUUC